AUGUUUUUUCACAUAUCAAUUUGUCGACUUUAUUCAUUUUCCUUAUCUGUCUCUAUACCAAUCCAUUCAUCUACCAUUUUGUUCAUAUCUAUCUCUCCUAUAUCUGUCAGUCUUGAUCUAUCUAUCUAUCUAUCUAUCUAUCUAUCUAUCUAUCUAUCUAUCUAUCCUAGUCUAUCUAUUCUAUCUAUCUAUCUAUUCAUCUAUCUAUUAUUAGUCUGUUCAGAUCUAUCUAUCCCAUUUGAUUCUAUCUAUCUAUCUAUCUAUCUAUCUAUCUAUCUAUCUAUCUAUCCUAGUCUGUUCAGAUAUAUCUAUCCCAUUUUGAUUAGAUCUAUCUAUCUAUCUAUCUAUCUAUUAUCUAUCUAUCCUAAUCUAUCAUCUAUCUAUCUAUCUAUCAGUCAUGUAUCUAGAUCUAUCUAUCCUAAUCUAUCUAUCUAUCUAUCUAUCUAUCUAUCUAUCUAUCUAUCUAUCUAUCUAUCUAUCCUAAUCUAUCUAUCUAUCUAUCUAUCUAUCUAUCUAUCUAUCUAUCCUAGUCUGUUCAGAUAUAUCUAUCCCAUUUUGAUUAGAUCUAUCUAUCUAUCUAUCUAUCUAUCUAUCUAUCUAUCUAUCUAUCUAUCUAUCUAUCCUAAUCUAUCUAUCUAUCUAUCUAUCUAUCUAUCUAUCUAUCUAUCUAUCUAUCUAUCUAUCUAUCCUAAUCUAUCUAUCUAUCUAUCUAUCUAUCUAUCUAUCUAUCUAUCUAUCUAUCCUAGUCUGUUCAGAUAUAUCUAUCCCAUUUUUAUUAGAUCUAUCUAUCUAUCUAUCUAUCUAUCUAUCUAUCUAUCUAUCUAUCUAACCCAUCUAUCUAUCUAUCUAUCUAUCUAUCUAUCUAUCUAUCUAUCUCAUCCUGUCCAUAUCUAUCUACCAAUCAAUCAAUCUUAUGUUUCGUUCUCUCUCUCUCUCUGUCUCUCUCUCAGUCUAUCUAUCUAUCUAUCUAACUCAUUCUGCUUCAAAAUUACUAUCUCAUCUUGUUUCUUUUUUCUUUCUUUCUUCCUUCCUUUUUUUCUAUCUUUCUAUCUAGCUACCUAG